AGAAGAGGAAGCAGGAGAAUGGACGUAUCAUCGCCGCACAGAAUGAAAUGUUUGGGUUGUUGAUUUGUAGGAUAGAACAAAGAUGUUGAUAUAAUAUAGGGAUAGCAACAUGUUUAGCUGAAAAUUUGGUGUGAUGGAAGUCAAAGAGUUGGACCCCAGUAUUUGGGACUUACCCCUUUCUCAGAUGAUAUCACCAUACAUUGUAAACUUUAUGAACAUUGCCAAGUAUAAUGGUGCAAAUUAUUAUUUUGCAAAAACAAGAUUUCAUGAUUACUUUUAUGAAUUGAUAGAAAACAAAAUUGGAACAUUACAUGGUAUGGAUGAAAACUGUAUAGUUGGUGUACAGGGAAUUGGAUUAUCAACUACUUUAAUUUAUUAUGUCCUCACCUGCAUCAAAAAAGGUAUCAGAAACAUUCAUUAUAUUGACUUAAACUUGGUCAAAGGUGAGACACAGAUGAAUAGGUUGAAAAAUUAUGCUGAGGAAAUGAAGUCUUCAGGUGUGUUAAUUCUUGAUCAUGUGACUUUAUUUAACAGAAGUGUUGUAGCCGAUGUUGAAUCUAUGGUACCUAUGAGUAGAAUAAUCUAUGUUAAAUCAGGGUUCUCAGCAACUAGGAACCAGUUUGAUAACUUUAUUGGUAAAGAGUGGGAGUUAAAUCGUGAAGAGUUUAAAAUAAUCUGGAUGGAAUCAAUGAGAAAGGCUAAGUACACUUCUAAUUCGGAUAACCAAGAAAUUUUUAUCACAGAACUUUAUGAUACUUGUAAGGACAAAUUUAUUUUGACACCUCGGUUACUGCAUAGAGUACAUAUAUUCUUUGUGAUUGAUGGCGAUCAGUAUAGUAAAGAGGGAAGAGAUUUGGAUUACUUUAUGAUGAGAUACAGAUCUAGUUUAGGAAGAGAUAUUACAGACUUUAAAUUGAAACUUUUAGAUGUGAUGGCAUGCGGAACACUGCAAGAAAGGCAUCAAGGUAGUGAAUUUUCUCUGCAUUCAAAAAUCCUAUUAAAUCAGGUUAAAGUGACAGGAGUUAUCCUGUUAAACCUAGAGAGUGACAACCCAUUCAAGAUACCCGUCAAUAUAUUCCAUUGUAAAUACGGUAUAGUAAAAGAAAAUGAUAUUGAAAAGGAUCCAAGAUUUUUGGAAAUGGGUUUCCAGAAGGGAGAUAAAUAUGUAACUGUUACCCUUUCUCCUCCAGAGUUAUUGAAGCAUUGGGAGAAGUUAUUCCCCUUUGAUAUACAGGCUAUUUUUGACAACACAGAUACAAUGAAUGCUGAAAACAUAUUAGAUAUUUGCUUUCAGUCAGAAGGAAUUAGGAAAGAAAUGGAGAAUGAACUAGUUCGUUUACAGUAUCAGUUGAGGACAUUGAUUGUUCCUGGUAAUAUUAGGGAUUCAACAUCUGAAACACACUGUAAGAUAUCAGAUGUAUCAGUUAGAUGUGUUUUACCACAGUGUAAUUCUGUAAGAAUCAUUACAAAUCUAAGGGAGAUAACUUACAUAAAUCUUACUUCAUCUCAUCUUGAAAAAAUCUCUGCCAAAUUAAAAUAUCGUGGUCAUGACAGAAACGUUGAAAAAAUUGCCUACUUUUUAAGGGACGAAAUUGAAAAGAAUAUGGAGCGCUGCCUAAUUAUUCAUCCAACAAUAGACAACAUGAAUGGUUUUGAUUAUAUGGUGUACACUUCUACAGAUACAGGAAGUCAUAUUGGAGCGAAAAAAGCAAAGAAAGCUAAACAAGAGAGCACACCAAUAUUAUAUUUAGUACAAGUUACAACAGGUGCCCCACAUGCAGGUAGAUCUGUAGGAGAAGCUCUAAGGAUAUUUAAGAGUGUGAUGAAUGGUUUUGUACAUCUUCAUGUUACAUUCAUCAUUGCAAGGAAAGAGGGUGAUACUUACACAUUAAAUGGAAACACUUGUUUUGAGAAUGCUUCAGUUGUAAACUUGACCCAUCUAGCCAUAGGAGGGAUGAUAACACAAAGUAAACUGUUAAACAGCAUUAUUUCCAUGGUGAAAAGAUCAUUAAUUGUAGGCUGUGUUGCAAAUACAUCUCCAGACAUAUAAGAAAAUCAAGUUGAAGUUUUCCUCAAUACAGAUUUCUUCAAUAGAAUGACAGCUUACUGUGUA